CCGACAUGGCGAGCAGAGGAUAACUCUGUCUCUGUCAAACUACUACUGUUUUGCAAGGCACCGCCGUUUGAAUUAGUUCAGAAUGCCCACAACUACGGCGUGGACUUACACAGAUUCCUCAUAGGAUCUUCGGCUGGCAUGUCACCCGGAGUAUUGAUUGACUAAACUGACGGGUGAGGGAUGGUGCAAAUGAAAAGAGAACAGCAGGAAACCGGACCUCAAUAUAAGGUCCCUUGUGGUUCCGUUUGAAGAGAUUCCACUACUACCCUUUGCAAGAAGGCCUUUGCCGAAGAGGAGAUAGCUCAUCAUCUUUAUGGGCUAUGAGAAGGCGUAGCCUCGAACACAGAACCAGCCGAAGAUUAGACCACGGAUGGAUGGCUGCCACAGUGGAUUCCAAACUCCUUGAACUGGUGGAUCUGAUGUGAAUGGACGUGAGGUAAACGUGCCCACAUCAGCGUGGACGGGUUGCUAAGCAACGCCCGCAGCAUGGUCGUAUACUGCUCGGUGGCCCAAUGUCGGACGUACGCGACGGAGCCCGGUGUAAGCUUUCACUUCUACCCCAAAAGCAGAGAGCUGCGAGAGGCCUGGUUAAGGAAGCUAAGAAUGGGCCAAGAAGCAAGCACUCACUCUCGGGUGUGCAGUAAGCACUUUGUGGAAGAAGAUUUCGUCUAUACUGUUGGAGCCAAAAUGUACGGUUGGAAGAGACGCUGUCUCUCCCCGAAGGCGGUGCCGUCUCAGAAUCUCCCUGUGCUGACGUUGGAUUGUCCACUGUCCACUCAGCAGCAUAGCCAAAAUGGAGGGCGGGAGAAUGUGGCAACUGUGGUUCCAGACUGUGCAAGCAGCACCGAGAAAAGAGCCCUCAAUACUGGCCUUAUAUGUAUUUUGCCCAAGGACUGUGGGAAUGUUGUAGCUGUCACAGCCAACUUUCCAGACAUAAAAACUGCUUCAAGCACAGGGUACCUCGUUGUCAAGCAAGAACGUCAAGAUACCAGUUCCAGUUCAUCUGCUCCACCAGGGGAACCAGCAUGUGCUCCAGAACCGGUGAUUGGCAGGUUUUCUGAAGCAGCAGGUGAUUCCAUCAUGAUAAAGAAGGAAGCUCAGGAUACCACCACUACGUCAUUCUCCCCAGGGAGCCAUGGAAUCACGGAAGAACUGAUAACAAAAGGCAGAUCUGGAGCAACAUUGGCAGCAGGUGAUUCCAUCUUCAUAAAGGAGGAACCUCAAGGCACUGUUACAUCGUUCUCCCCACGAAGCCGUGAAAACGUGGAAGAAGUGAUAACAGACUCUGAAGCAACAGUGACAGCAGAAGAUUCCAUCCUCUUAAAGGAGGAACCUCAAGACACUGCUACGUCAUUCUCCCCAGGAAGCCACGGAAACACGGAAGAAGUGAUGAUUGAUUUUGAAGCAACAGUGGAAGCACAUGGUUCUGUCCACAUAAAGGAGGAGCCUCAAGGCACCGUUAUGUCACUGUCCCGGGAAAGCCAUGGAAACACUGAAGAAUUUAUAACAAAAGGCAGUUCUGACCCAACAGUGUCAGCAUGUGACUCCAUCUGCAUCAAGGAGGAACCUCAAGACAACGUUGCGUCAUUCUCACCGGGAAGCCACGGAAACACAGAAGAAGUGAUAGAAGUCUGUUCUGCAACACAGGCAGCAUGUGAUUCGAUCUGCAUCAAGAAGGAACCUCGAGACGCCAUUACGUCAUUCCCUCUGGAAAGCCAUCGAAACACUGAAAAUCCGAUGACAGAAGACAGUUCUGGAUCAACACUAGCGGCAAGUGAUUACGUCCACAUAAAAGAGGAGCCACAGGACAACAUUUUGUUGUUCGCCCCUUCAAGCACUGGAAACAAACAGGAUCUGGUAACGGAAGAAAGUCCUGAAGCAACGUUGACAGUAACUGAUCCCAACAUAAAAGAGGAAUCUUGUUACACUGUCUCAUUGGUUCCCCCGGAAAGAGUCGGAAGCACGGAAGACCUAGUAGCAGAAGACUAUCUUGGCGGAAACAUUUCUGGCAGUCCACUUCCGAUUAAGGAGGAGCUCGAAAACUCCACUUCAUUGCAGUCUUCAGGAUGCGACAUUCCAAGUUCACAAACCACCUCUGAAUGCUCCAUGGACAGUAAUGCAAAAAACUCUCGCCAAGAAAGAAGGUCAUCACUUCCAAAAGGAGACCAAGUCCAGGAUGGACGCGGAACGCAGCAAAGCAUGGAAACUGAGAACCAAGAGGCUGCAAAAAAAAGGCCAAGGUGCGACGUGUGUUUAGCGACUUUUUCGAGGAACUCCCAUCUCAAGACCCAUCUCAACAUACACAUCGGAAAACUGUUCACGUGCACCAAGUGUGCCGCAGCGUUUACGCACGCAUCCUCUCUGCGAAAGCACGUGAAAUCGUGCAUCGGACCAGCCCAGCACAAGUGCCAGAGGUGCUCAGCCACGUUUUUCUCAAAGUCUGGUCUGAGCAGGCACGUGGCCACACAUUCCUGUGAAAAGCCCCCAUGCGGGUCUGAACCCCUUCUUGCAGCCCGUUCCCCUGGCACUUCAUUAGGGGAUGGUGUGCAAACACAGAGUAGUGAACAGCUGCGUGGAUGUGACCAGGGUCCAGCUGCCUCGGCUGAGACUUAUUGCAGCCGUGGCGUCCUUGUGGGAGGAGACACAGGUGGUAUUCAUGCCAAACUGGAAUCCAACAGCUCCCCUGCACACCAGCCAUCCGGUUGCAGCAUUUCCAGCGCCCAGUUACCACUCGGCAACAUCCUCCAGUCAUCCAGCAAUCGUAACGCCAUACCCGUUACGAGCACUGCUCUCACAGGAGAAGUGCGAGGCAAUGGCGAGGCUUCAACGCAGGACCUCGUCGAAGGAGGGCGCAGCACCGAUUCAGGCGAAAACGUGCUGCGUUCUGUGCCUUCAGCUACACCACCCAGGGCCUCCAUCCUUGCAACUUACCUCAGGACACGCAGCGAAACGUUAUUUACGUGCAACACGUGUUCCGCAUCGUUCGCUCGCGCGUCGACGCUGGUGGAACACAUGAAGUGCCAUACCGCCGCGGAAGACUCUCAGAAACGCGAAGUGGGUGCGGACGGGUGCGUCUCGAAAUCCCCUCCGCACGACGGUGCAGCUGCGCUUGGAGAAGAGAGACCAUUCAAGUGCGAACACUGCGCCGCCGCGUACUCCCGUCUGCAGGCGCUCCAAAUUCACAAGCGGGUUCACGUGUGCAAGACGCUGUACAAGUGCGAGCUCUGCCCUGCGACUUACUCCUGCCGCAGCUCCGUCGCAAUCCACAUGCGGAAGCACACGGGUGAAAAGGUGUACAGGUGCGAGCGCUGCCCCGAGACGUUCACCGCGUUGUACAAGUACAAGGUCCACAUGGUGACCCACACGGGGGAGAAGCCGCACAAGUGCGAGCUGUGCCCCGCGGGGUUCGUUCAGCUGGGGUGCCUGGAGCGGCACAUGCGGACGCACACGGGGGAGAGGCCGUACAGGUGCGAACAGUGCGCUGCAGAGUUUGUGGAGCCGCAGCACCUGAAGAGGCACAUGAGGAGCCACACGGGCGAGAAGCCCUACAAGUGCGAGCUCUGCCCCGCCACCUACUCGUGCCGCAGCUCCGUAGCAAUCCACAUGCGGAGGCACACGGGCGAAAAGCUGUACAGGUGCGAGCACUGCCCCGAGACGUUCACCGCGUUGUACAAGUACAAGGUCCACAUGGUGGACCACACGGGGGAGAAGCCACACAAGUGCGAGCUGUGCCCCGCGGGGUUCAUUCAGCUGGGGAGCCUGGAGCGGCACAUGCGGACGCACACGGGGGAGAGGCCGUACAGGUGCGAACGGUGCGCGGCCGCGUUUGUGGAGUCGCAGCACUUGAAGAGGCACAUGAGGAGCCACACGGGCGAGAAGCCCUACAAGUGCGAGCUCUGCCCCUCGGCUUUUGUUCAGAGCCGGUCCUUAAAGCACCACAUGGCAAUGCACAAAGAAGGAACAGCGACCAAAGUAGUGCCUCGUAGCAAGAAAAAACGGAAAAGCCUUGUCCAGUCUUCCGGUACAGAGGCACAAUCUGUACACGGCAGCGUUUCCACCACCGACUGUGAUAUUCCGUCCAUCGUCAGCAGCGACGCCACGGAGGGAUCCACGACACACAGUGAGCCUCUCCCGCCACCGGGGGGCCACAGCACCGACUCAUCACCUCAGGCUUCCAACCAUCAAGAGAAGAGCCAGCAGGAGAAAGAGAGGCCAACGUGCACCGUGUGCUCGGCUACGUUCUCCAAGAGCUCCCACUUGAAGACCCACCUCAACAUACACACGGGAAAGAUGUUCACGUGCAGCAUAUGCUCCGCGCCGUUCUGCUACGCGUCCUCCCUGCAGAAGCACAUGAGGAUGCACACUGGGGUGGGCCUGCACAGGUGCGAGCUGUGCCCGUCCGUCUUCGUGUCCAGGUCCUACCUGAGGGGCCACAUGGCCAUGCACACGGGCGAGAGGCCCUUCAAGUGCGGGCAGUGCACGGCCUCGUUCAGCCGGCAGCACGCCCUGGAGGUGCACACGCGGAGGCACACGGGGGAGAAGCCCUACAAGUGCGAGCUGUGCCCCGCCGCCUACGCGUGCCAGAGCUCCAUCGCGGACCACAUGCGGAGGCACACAGGCGAGAAGCCCUACGCAUGCGACCUGUGUCCCGCCACGUUCCACGCGGCCUACAGCCUCAGGUCCCACAUGGAGGCCCACGCGGGGGAGAGGAGGCACAAGUGCCACCUGUGCCCGGCGCAGUUCACCCAGCUGGGGAGCCUCAAGAGGCACGUGAGGACCCACACGGGGGAGAAGCCCUACGAGUGCGAGCUGUGCCCCGCCACGUUCAGGGAGUCCCAGCACUUGAAGAUCCACGUGAGGACUCACACGGGGGAGAAGCCCUACAAGUGCAGGCAGUGUCCGGCAGUGUUCUCGCGCUGCCGGUCCCUCAAGACCCACGCGAGGACUCACCAGUGAUGGGUGCGGUGUCUACCCGUGCCCGGCGUAGGAAUGUUUUUUUGUUUUUUUUUUAAGUACCGCGUUAGUGCCGCGAACUGACAGUGGCCAUGAGUAGAGCCUGAAGUUACAGUGAACCCUCGUUAAUAUGACCCCCGAUAGUCUGACAUACGCGCUUUACGACCAUACUCUUGGGGAACAAUGCUGUGAAACCCCUGCAAAUCUCCCCCGUUAAUAUGACAAUUCCGCAUUGUGAGCAAAAUUUUAAGGAACGACCAUGGUCAUAAUAACGAGGGUUCACUGUAUAGGGUUUAACCAGAUUCUUCCCCGAAUUUGCAUCCCGAAUCGAAGGUUGUUGCCUCUUUUCGGGUAGAACCCGAUUUUUAAAACCGGAAGGUGAAGUGUGCUGUGUUCCAACGUGUCAUAUUUAAAGCCUGAAGUUAUGGGAAAUUUUUUUUUUUUCAAAUUGAAGGGGAUAAAAAUCAGGGAAAUAAGCGUGUGCUCUAAAUUCAUGUGAACUUCGUUGAAAAAGCUUCAGGCUCUAUUA